ACCCUAAGCAAACAACAAGAGAGAGAGAGAGAGAUCAAUCAACGAAGACUUUCACUUUCAACAUCUUUUCUUUGUCUUUCUCCCACUACUUGCGCGCGCGAACCCAACCCCACACAGUAAACACCAUUCGAAUUUUGAACAAGAGGGAAUGUUCAGAAUCAGUUGAUUAUAAGCCAAUGCAGCCGUCUUCUGAAUGGUAUAGGGGUAUGAUGCCUGCCUAUCUUAACCCCAAUGCUAAUCAACCAGACCUUCAUGUUUUCAAUCAUCAGUUGAACAUGCUACCUGAUUUGGAUGUUGCAUCUGAUAGAAAGGCCCAGUACUUAGCAUCCAGAAGAUUUAAUUAUAAUAUCGGAGUUCCAAGACUGUUAAACUUUGGGUCUGAUAAGGAUCAGAGUGUGGAGUUUUUUGGAGAGAUAUUCAAGUCAGAGAUUGGUGAUUAUCCGUCAAAGCGUCAGAGAGCUGAAACACCAAUAAAGCUGAGUCUUCCUCCUUGGAACGAUUCAUCAAGACUCCCUCCUCUUCAGCUAUGUCCCGAGCAGAAAGUUCCCAUUCCGAUGAAAGGAUUUGAUGAUGUUUCUUCAUGUGCUAGAAGAUGUUUCAAUACACCCAGAACGCCAGCUUAUAGCCCUGAGAAUGUCAGCGGUUGUUCUGACAUAACCAAGGUAGAUGUGAUGGACAAUUCUCCUUUGAACAGUAAGCAUGUUCAGGGUCUUGGUACUAGCAAAACUGUGAAACCUGCAAGACCACAUGCAACCCGGGUUUAUUCUUUUGACGACUUCUAUACCGUCGAGAGAGAGAUUCAAACCGAGGAAAGGCCGCUGAAGCAUGAGAAACUAGGACCUGGAGAGGACAUUGUUGAGCCGAUGGAAUGUGGAGAACAGACUAAGUUUGAGGUUAAUGUUGACUCAGUGCCUAUGGAAAAGCGUAACAAGAGAGGUGUCUCACUGGUGGAACGUUUCACAGAAGAAGAAAUAAAGUUGCAUAUUAAGAGCCUCAAGGAGGGAAGUACUCAGGGAGGAAUUGGAGAAACUUGUGACCAAAAGGAUCUAUGUCAAUUGUGUGGCAAUGGCACACUCGUGUUACCAGCACAACCAAUCUACUGUUCUCUUUGCUCCCGCAAAAUCAAAGACAAAUCUUCAUAUUACAUCCCCGAGGAAAAAAUAAGUGAUGCGCAACAUCAAAUCUGUAAUCCCUGCUACAAUCGCAGCAGAAAAAACUUCACGUUAUUUGGAGUCACUGUCGCAAGAGCCAAUAUGCUUAAAAUGUGUAACGCUGACAAUCAACACACAGAAGAGUGGGUUUAUUGUGAAUCUUGCGAAAAGUGGCAACAUCAGAUAUGUGGUCUCUACAAUCAACAAAAAGACAUUGACAAAACAGCAGACUACAUUUGUCCCUACUGUUUGCUGAAGGAGCGUAAAAGUAUCGAGAAUACAGAUCUGGGGGCGAAAGAUUUGCCUGAAACCAUCCUCAGCCACUUUAUAGAACGGAGGCUAUCCAGACGCCUCAAAGAAGAAAGACUCCAAACGGCAAAGGCUAAUGGGAAGAGCGUUGAUGAUGUACACGAACCUGAUGACCUUACUCUCAGAGUCGUGUUUUCAGCUGACAAAACCUCAUACGUCAACAAAACAUUUGCCGACUUGCUUCACAAAGAACACUACCCUAGUGAAUUCCCUUACAGAUCAAAGGUCAUUCUUUUGUUCCAGAAAGUCGAAGGAGUUGAUAUAUGCAUCUUUGCGUUGUUUGUUCAAGAGUUUGGAUCAGAAUGUAGCCAGCCAAACCAGCGCAGCAUAUACAUCUUGUACCUCGAUUCGGUCAAGUACUUUAGACCCGAGAGAGUGACAUUCUCAGGAGAAGCUCUUCGAACUUUCGUUUAUCAUGAAAUAUUGAUUGGGUAUCUUGAGUAUUGUAAGAUUCGUGGUUUCGCUACGGGUUAUAUAUGGGCGUGUCCACCUCGAAAAGGAGAAGACUACAUUAUGUAUUCUCAUCCUAAGACUCAGCAAACACCCAACACUAGGAAGCUUCGUCAAUGGUAUCAGUCGUUGCUGGAUAAAGCAACCAAGCAGAGGGUAGUAACGAGUGUUACAAACUUGUAUGAUCGGUUCUUCGUUUCGGCAGAAGAAUCUACCUGCAACAUUACAGCUGCACGCUUGCCUUACUUUGAAGGAUCUUUCUGGUCCGAUAAUGCUGAGCUCCUGACUCAGGCUUUUGAGAGAGAAAGUGUGGACGAGUUGCAGAAGAAGGUUAAAUCGCUUUCUAGAAGAGCACUAAAGGGUGUCAAAAGCAAGGAUGAUCUUGACGUUGAUGAUGCCAAAAACAUUCUCAUGAUGCAAAAGCUUGACAAAUUGAUAUCUCAAAACAAGGAGGAUUUCAUGGUGGUGGAGUUGAAUUAUUCAUGCACACGCUGCUCAAAGGCCAUACUGUCGGGAUUGAGAUGGUUCUGCGGGAAGUGCAAGAAUCUUCAAUUGUGUGAAAGAUGCUAUGAUGCAGAAGAAGAGGUUCCUGGAGAACACACACAUACUAUAAAUGACAAAGAGAAGCAUUCGCUGUCAAAGGUUCAGGUGAACGGCAUACAAUCUACAACAACUGAGGAUAAUGAUGUCAUCCUAGAAAACAGUAUGUUCGAGAGCAGACAAGUGUUCUUAGGCUUUUCUCAGAAGCAUAACUACAGCUUUGACACGCUCCGACGCGCCAAGCAUUCUUCGAUGAUGAUACUUCACCAUCUUCACUCUUCAGACAAGCAUCAUUCUGAGAACUCCAACAGCAGCUUCUUUCAAGUGACUUGUACGACCUGCCAAAAGGAUGUUUCAAAAACGAUUUACUACUCUUGUUUGAUUUGUUCGGGUUGCCGUGUUUGCACUGCAUGUUAUAACAAGAAGAACACAGUCCUUCGUCUGCUUCAUCUCUUCCCAAUGACCCCUUCCACGCACGGGACGCCGCCUAGAACCGUAGGGGCUCUUGGGAUAAUAGAGGCUUUGUUGCAUGCACAUACGUGCAGAACCAUGGCCACUGGUUCCUGCUCACACCCGAAAUGCGAUGAUGUUAAAACACUAUUCAGUCACAGCGCAGUGUGCGAAAUCAAAAAGAGAGGAGCUUGUAAGAUUUGCAAUAAUCUUCGGCAGAUGAUAAGUAUUCACGCAUUCCAUUGCCAAGAUCCCACUUGCUCCAUACCACGCUGCAGAGAUACGAAGGAGCACUUCUUUAGGAGUGGUUUGCGGCACUAAAGAAGAGCCAAAGGACUUAGUUUGUACAUUCCUUAUGAUUGUGAUGCUGCUUAUAGAAGAAAAUGUACAGAUCAUAAAACCCUUCUCUUACAUCAAAUACUUAUCGUUGUCCAUUUCUGUCAAGAAUGGUCAGAGUGUUGUUGUCCUUUAGUUUUGUCGCUAAGGAUCUUGGUAGUGUUCAAUAGAGAAAGAAUAAGAUAGGCGCCUAAUGCUUAUAUCUUAAUUAUAGC